AUGGUAAAUCGAGUCGUGAAGGACGGUCCCCAGUUGCCUCUAAGCAUGAGGAGCUAUGCGUCAAAUCCCACAGCCUGCAGCAGCAGCGGCGGAUAUGCAUCCGUUGCAGAGGCUGCCGCACACCAGAACACCCAGGCAGUCAUCGAGAUGCUUUCGCAGGGAUUUGGAGCAGAUGGGCAGGACUCCGACGGCAACACAGCUCUCCACUUCACUGCCUUGCUCAGGCUGGACACACUGAUCGACCCAUUGCUUGAAAGAGGGGCGCGACCCGACGUUGGCAACAAUUCCGCAGAGUGCGCAGUACAUUGGGCUGCGAACUCUUGUAAUGUCAUUGCUUUAGACAAGAUGACGAGGACCAACCGAGCCCUUCUCUCAAUUCGCGACUGUGACGGCUUUACGCCCUUCAUUGUAUCCGCACAGACGGACAACUAUCUCGUGAUGGAGUGGUUGUACUUCAAAGGCGUCAGCCUUGAAGAGCAGGAUGACUCUGGCAGAACCGCACUGCAGUGGGCAUGCUACAAAGGGAAUAAGAAGACAGUCCAGUGGUUGCUCUCGCGAUCCGCCAGCAUUGUUCACCGAGACCAAGAGGGCAUGACUGCACUCCACUGGGCAGUGCUGAAAGGACACAAGCGGGUCGCGGAAAUGCUGAUGGAAGUCGGUGCGGUGGAGCUCAUAGACGUCCCAGAUUGCACCGGCGAAACCCCGAUCGCACUCGCAAUGCGUAAGGGGAACAGGUCCUUGGUGGUUGCCUUCCACAAGUGGCAGGUCUUUGAUUGUCUGUUCGGCAGGCCACAUCUUUUCACGAGUCUCCUGCCAAGUGCCUUCUUGUGUUCCGUUGCGUACCACAUCAUCAUCUUUGCACUUAUCAUAGCGCCAGGAAUUGCGGCCAGAAAUCCUGAAGCCGUCAUGCACUGGUCGAUGCUGAUGGGUUUGUCACUGCUGCUCUGGGUGCAGUGCCUCUUCUCGGAUCCUGGCUGGCUGCAGCCAUGUACCUUACCCUCUCAGAGCCAUCUGCUUGAUAAAGAUCCAGCGCGGACCUUUGACGUUGAUCAGCCGAUCGAGUCGCAGAUGGCUCACUGCGACAGCGUGCUUCAAAAGCUAUCGUCAGGGGACGGAGAUGCCCUGGAGGUUAGGAAGUUGGAGCUAGAGCAAAACAAGUACAACUAUCAGCGGCAACUUCUCCGAGAAGCACGCAGACGACUUCAAGAAGGCUGUGGCCUCGGCAGACCUCGAAGCCCAGCGUUGGGCGAAAUGCAGCCCUUGAUCGGCUCGGGAUUCAAUGAUGGCAGUUCGGGGCACGCCCAGCUGGAGCGGGCAACAGCGACUCUGCAGGAGCAGGAACGGGCUGCAGGAGAGAGCCUCGGCCGUGCUCGAGUGGAGCACCUCCUGGCGGAAGGCCGUGGUGAGUAUCUAACACUGGUGGAGCAAGGCGACUUCAAGCAGGUCUGCGUAUUCUGCGGCAUAGUACGCAGCAUGCGCUCCCAUCAUUGCAAGGAACAAGGUCGAUGUGUCGAGAGGAUGGACCAUUAUUGUCCCUGGAUAAACAACAGUGUUGGUUUGAGAAAUCAAAGGUCAUUCUUUUUGUUCAUUGUGGUGCUUCUUGCCACCAUCUUCUACUUCUACUACGCGGUCUUUCUCUACGCUUUUGACACGGUGUUUCCAGAGAUCUCGCGAGGCUCCUUCUCUGAGCUUCUAGAGGCCUUGACAAAUGGGUCCCUGGGGCCCGAAGUACAGCCGAUUAUGGUUCUGACAGCAGCUGCAUUGGACAUGAUCUUCGUGCUCUUCCUAGGUGGGCUCGUCGCCAGAGCCACGGCUUACAUGAUGGUCAACUUGACGGUAUAUGAGGUCUUACACCGACCCAGCCAUGUGCUACGACGCUUUCGGAAGGCGCGGGGGCAGUGGUGGUUCUUCCAUGGCUGGGGCCUGAGAUCUGCCUUAUCCAACAUCGUGAGCUAUUGGACAGUGGACAUCAGCGGUGAUGCAGCUGCUUUUCUUGGAAGUCCUCAAGACAGCUUCAUCGCUCCAGGAAAGUUUUCAGGGAACAGAUUGAAAGAAGGCAAGCUUGCUUACUUGCCCGAAGAGCCCUGA